GGCGACGAUACCAUGAGAGAGGGCAAAGAAGUUUGAUCACAAAAUGACACAAUGAAGAGAUAGACAUAAAAAAUGAAUCAUGUGAAAGCUCUCUUAAUUGAAAGUGGAGUCGUUGCGUGAAGGGAUGAAAUUGCGGAAGACUCCCCAAGCAAGGAGGCGACCAUCAGUCGAGUUCAUCACUUGCAGCUUCCUAUGGCGUACUUCUGAAACAUUCUUUGAAACCAAAACUUUCCAGUUGCUUUGACAUCAGAGUAAUAUAGCACCAUGGUCCGUUUCAUUCCUUCAAUACGACGCUUAAUGGCUAUGGCAAUAGCAUUCUCGCUCUGUUCCGACAACGGAAUGCUAGCCAGAGCGCAAACGAACACUACUACGGACAAACAGUCAACUCGACUUUCCCUCGCGGCGUCCAAUCCUUUCCGAAUGAUUGUUCGACCAACAUUGUUUGAAUUGGACUUUGUGGCAUUAUCCAUUGUGGAGGAGGCGAUGACCAAAGCGAUUCUUCUUUCAACGGGCUCCUCCCUCGUUGACGUGAGUAUCAACAUCAAUCAAAUGAAUUGGCUGUCGUCGUCAGAUGAUGAUGACAGUAACGAACUUAUCGAUGGAACCGUCAAAACACUUGGAACCGAACGUGUACCUACAACAGUUUUGAAGUUCUUCGCUGUGGGGACAUUCCUUUUGAAGCCAGCCUCGGACUCGACCAAUCCGGCCGGUUCUUUGGCAUUGGUGCAAGCUCUUGACGAAAUCAUCGAGUCGGCAUUCAAACAGGAGAACUAUGUUGCCUUUAUCGAGCUCUUAAGGAACUCCGGGGACCCAUUACUUGAUGGGGUGCAAGAUGUUGCUGCAAUUCGGACAGACAGCAACAUACCGUUGCCCGAACCGUCCCCGACAUUCGGAGCCUCUGAUGAUGAUUCUGCUGGUGACGAUGGCGCAGCUUUGACAACAUUGGAUAUCGUCUUGAUCUCCGUUAGCGCUUCUAUCUUUCUCGGGAUAGUCUACAUGAUCUUUCAGCACCACAAGGAUAGGGGCUACAUCGAGAAUCAGCGAAUCCAAAACCUAAACACAUACGACCGCCGCAACAACCCUGCAAGCGACUCUAGCUACGCACCUUCCCCUCAUGACGACGAUCAUCGCAAUGCCGGUACGGACAGGGCUGACCAUAGCAUCAGGAGUGCUGACACUUCCAAGACAUCUGUCAUCAACAAUCGUCAACCCACUCCGCGCGCGGAAGAUCCAUCCCACGAUUCCUCAUUGUUUACUACGAGCCGUGGAUCGGAGGAUCACAGCUUUGUGACGAACUUUAGCAUUCCACCAAGUCCAACCGACAUCAACACGCAUCUCAAUUCCAGGAAGAGUCGCUUCAGUUCCAAGGUCAGGAUCAGCGUUGAGUCUGUUCAGUGCGACUCCAGGAGCCUACCGACACCGACGAGGAAAGCCAUGACAUCCACCUCUUCGGUGCAGUCUCAGGAGGAUGAAUGCAAGUCGACUGGAGCGUUAUCCAUCACUGCCUUUUCCACUGUCCUGUCAUCUGAUUUUGGCCCCAUCAACUGGUUCCGCAAGUCCGGGUCGAAGGGGCCAGCCACCCUCCUAUCUGCAACCGAUGACAACAUUGAGGAAGUUGUAGAAGAAGGGGGCAGCAGCGGAAGUAGUAGGAACACAACUACAAGCAGCAGUAGCAGUUGCAGCAGCAGCAGUAGUGAGGAUGUGUUCCAUGUUGGCGGUGUCAAGGCCAACGUGAUAGCAACAGGUAGUGUUGCCAACGCAAGCGACACGGUGAGCAGCAAAGCCAGUUCUUCCGUGGUGACCGAAUGGAUGAGGACAAUUCAGGUGAUAUCCUCAACUGACUCCAAGUCUGAGUCGGAGGUCACCUGCAAGGCUUCAUCAUCAGAACAGUCGUCCACUGCAGAGAACUCCUCUGCAGAAGCACCGUCAGUUGGAGAUGAUGAAGCAAGCGAUAUUGUCUCCCUCGAGCACUCUAUGGCAAAUUCAAGAGGAGGUGUGGCGGCUGGUUCAGAAGCCGAUUUAACGAUGGAGUUUUAGCAGAUCCAAUUCAACACGAAACAAUAGAUGUCAUAACUUACUAUUAGGACCUGACCUUAUCAAUGU